UCUACCCCAAAGAAAAAAGUUCUAAGCCAUGGCUUCUGAAGGACCAAAGCCAGCUGCAAUAAUGCUGUUGUUUCUCAAUCUCGGGCUGUAUAUCAUUGUAACAAUAAUAGCUGGAUGGGUAGUGAAUCAUGCAAUUGAAAGAACUCAUGAAACAGCAUCUGUUUUAUCAAUCCCAGCUCGUAUAUUUCCCAUAUACUUUCCAAUGGGGAACAUGGCCACCGGUUUCUUUGUCAUUUUCUCCCUCAUUGCUGGUGUUGUAGGCGUUACCACCUCAGUUACUGGUCUCACCAAUGUUCUUCAAUGGGAUGCCUCUAAUUUAAAUGCUGCUGCUGCUUCAUCCCUGCUCACUUGGACACUCACUCUGCUAGCCAUGGGAUUGGCAUGUAAAGAGAUCAACAUUGGGUGGGCAGAUGCCAACUUGAGGACUUUAGAAGUGAUGACUAUAAUUGUGAGCACAACACAGUUGUUUUGCGCCGGUGCUAUCCAAGCUGGGGUUGAAGAUGUUGCUUCAAAGAGGAAUCCUGCUUCUACUGGGCCCGCUUGAUCAGUUUUACCACUAUAUAUAUAUAUAUAUACAAAGAUAGUUCAACUGAAUUUCCAUCCCCGGUGUGUUUCUGUUACAAUGUUGUUCUUUUCAUUUUAUUAAAUCUUGUGAAA